UCGGAGGCUGCCGAGCAGCGGAGCUCCCACCUUCCCUCAGAGCUCGCUGCAGCGGCCCUGCCCCGCGCCCUCCGGAGACCGGGACGGGACCAUGAUGUGGACACGUUGGCUCGCGCUCGCGCUGGUGGCGGUCGCCUGGGUCCACGCCGAGGACGAACUCAGGAGCAAAUCCAAGAUCUGUGCCAAUGUGUUUUGUGGAGCUGGCCGGGAAUGUGCAGUCACAGAAAAGGGAGAGCCCACCUGCCUCUGCAUUGAGCAAUGCAAACCUCACAAGAGGCCUGUGUGCGGCAGCAACGGCAAGACCUACCUCAACCACUGUGAGCUGCAUCGAGACGCCUGCCUCACUGGAUCCAAAAUCCAGGUCGAUUAUGAUGGACACUGCAAAGAGAAGAAAUCCAUAAGUCCAUCUGCCAGCCCAGUUGUUUGCUAUCAGUCCAACCGCGAUGAGCUCCGGCGUCGCAUUAUCCAGUGGCUGGAAGCAGAGAUUGUUCCAGAUGGCUGGUUCUCUAAAGGCAGCAAUUACAGUGAAAUCCUAGACAAGUACUUUAAGAACGUUGAUAAUGGUGACUCUCGCUUGGACUCCAGUGAAUUACUGAAAUUUGUGGAGCAGAAUGAAACUGCCAUCAACAUCACUACCUACACAGACCAGGAGAACAACAAACUGCUUAGAGGGCUCUGUGUUGAUGCUCUCAUUGAACUGUCUGACGAAAAUGCUGACUGGAAACUCAGCUUCCAAGAGUUCCUCAAAUGCCUCAACCCGACCUUCAAUCCUCCAGAGAAGAAGUGUGCCCUGGAGGAUGAGACGUACGCAGACGGAGCGGAGACCGAGGUGGACUGUAACCGUUGCGUCUGUGCCUGUGGAAACUGGGUCUGCACAGCCAUGACAUGUGACGGAAAGAAUCAGAAGGGGGCCCAGACCCAGACGGAGGAGGAGAUGACCAGAUAUGUCCAGGAGCUCCAAAAGCACCAGGAAACAGCUGAAAAGACCAAGAAAAUGAGCACCAAAGAGAUCUAAAGAGGAGGCACCUGGGAAGGGUGUCCAGAGCUGGCACCUUCUCUUCCACUUCAGCGCUGAGUCCAGUAUAUGCAAGUGUCUGCUGCAAUCGCCCAAUCACCAGUAUUUGCUUGUAUAGCAAUGAGUUUUUAUUUUGUCUAUUUGUUUUGCAAUAAAGGAAAUGGGGGUGGCUGGCUAGGAGGGGAAGGGCCAUAGCCUUCAUUUCAAGGAGUGCUUUGAGAGAAACUGUACAUGGUGCUCAGGGGCUGGAGACAAGUAAGGAAACUGCAUCAGGCUUGGGAGAGGGUCGGUCCCAGAUCUGAACCCCAGUCUGCCACAGCUAUAAACAUGCUGCCGGGAGUGCAGGCAAUGCCAGACAGAACUUUGCAGGCUGCCCCAGAGGAGGGGUUUGGGAAGCUCAGUGGAGAGGAACACAUUCCGCGUCCAGCCCUUCCGGUUGCCAUCGGCGUGACAGACCGCCGGCGUCUGUGCCUCUCAUGGCCCCAACCACUGCCUCUAGCUACACAGCCAUUCUUGUUACCUGGUGUCCCCUAGACUUGGGAGUUUCUGGGAGGGUAUACACAAAUGAUGCAGAUACUUGUAUACUUUGAGCCCCUUAGAGACCUAACCAAAUUUUUAAACUUCUUACCAAAGGUGCUAUUUUUCUGGAAAACUUUUUUUGGCAAGUUGACUUCAUUCUUCAAUUAUUAUCACUAUAUUAUUGUUGUUUUUUAAUAUUUUAUUUUCUUGACUAGAAAUUAAGCUUUUGUAAUUAUUUUUCAGUAGUCCUACCAUUUCAGGGGUGGGAGGGUUUGGGGUUCUUUCGGGUGCAGGGACCGCUAUAACCCAGACUCCACCCACCCUGCCACAUAUUAGAUGCAGCUCAGAGUUUUGUUCCCCUGGCUUCCAGUGGAUCAGCAGUCUGCCAGCGGGUGCCUCAGGCAGAAGUCAGGGGACUAUGAAGCGUCUCCCUACAAAGCUUUUAAGGUCCAAAAAGCUAAUUUGUUUCCAUUUAUUCUGAUAAGGUCAUGCAAAUCAGUAUUCCAAAGGAUGGAGACAAGUGUAGCCAAGCAAGGCUUAGCCUAUCAAUAUGCUCUUUGAGCCACCAUUAACUAGGAGAGUGACUUUGGCCCUGUCUCUUCCUAUUUCUGGGCCUCAGUUUCCUCAGUGAGCAAGUAGGAAUGCAUUAACCUUUCAAUUUGAUAAAUUAUAAAUUCUGUGGUUCGGAUAAUCGGUCCAGAAGGAUACAGGUUCCUAUGAUUUUCCUUCUCCUUAGGAUAAAUGAAACCUUACUGUUAAAACAAAAGGGUCAGAUGGCUAAAAACAAGAUGACCAAAUCUGACCUCAUUCCAGAGGGCUGCACGGGUUGUGCUGUGAUGUAGAGCCCUCUUGGGUAAAGUCUAUCCAGGAAGAGAAUGGGAAGGAGAACCACUUCACUUUGCCUUCACUUUUG